AAUGAUGACGUUGUACCCUCGUGCGUGAAGGAGUGACGCUACACACAUAGAAGCCGGAGCCGAGGGGAAUGGUGUUUUGUUUCUUUUUUUCUUUUACUUUAAACCCAGAGUCUUUAUUCUUUAGUCACUAUCAUUUCUGUCCUUUAUUUGAUAGCUCUAAGUUUUCUCGCUCAUUUGGUCUUGGUUUAAUAAUUUAGCGUUAGGUUCCCUCCCACGCGGUGCUGUUUUUGACAGUCGGGGUCGCGAUCAGAUAGCAACGGGCUAGCCAGCUAGCUUUAGCCAGCUUUCGAUAUAAGGUAGCUGCGCUUUUUAUCACCAAAUGAAUUGAGCCAGCUAUAGGUAUCUGACUCUAUUAAGGGCAAAUUUGUCGAAUAGAAGCCGGGUCACACGCUUACAAGCGUUAGCUUGCAUGUCAGCCGGAAAGUGCGUUUUUUUGCAUCUAAUUCGGCUAGCUGGCGUGUCUGGUAGGAGGCUAGCGUUAUAUCGCAUUGUUUUCUGCUUGUUUAGUUGCUAUAUUGUGGCGAAAUAAACGUGCACCUUCGUUAGAUCGCCAGCUGAUCAGCUCUCUAGUUUGCUAUCGCCAAGUCGAAGGAAGGGAAACCAGCUCGGAAAUUCGUCUCUUCUGCUGUCAACUGAAUGAAAACGUACUGAAGAACGGAGCUCCCCCUGACGGAUCCCGCGCCAUGUCGGAGGAGUGAGGGGCGGAGCUUGAGCGUUUCCCCCGGCGACCUCCCCGCCCCCUCCCCCCACCCCCCUGCUUCUGCCCCCCCCCUUGCCCCCCCCCCCCCCCACCCUCGGUGCUCGUGCCUGCUAUGGAAUGCCCUCGCCUUGCCGCCCGACCCAGCCGCCCACUGUAGGACCCUCCUCUGCUCCCGUCCCGCCCAGGGAACUGGCACUGCGCUCCUAAUUUCAGCCACAGGAGGUUUAUCUGGGCUGUGACCCCGCCCCCCAGCCCUGCCCCGCCCUCCCCCUGGGCUGAGUCCAUGUCGCUGAGCGGCGGGCCGGACGUCCUGAAGGAGGGCGAGAGCGGAGCUCUGACCGAGCCGGCGGCCAGCCGAGGCAAAGCCGCCCUGCAGCCGCCCAGCCGGGAGGGCACCGCGGAGGGCAUGGAGGCAGAGGAGAGCGCCACGCAGGACUCCCAGCGGCGGAGCCAGAACCACGGGCACGGCAGGAAACGGACCAAGGUGAGAAAUGCCCGCUCUUCCUCUUCCUCAUCCUCGCCUCCUCCCAGCAGGCUUAGCGGGCCCGAGGGAGCACGCAGCUCAAGUGCGCUUACUUACAGAUUACCGCCUUACCGCAUUCUGUGGGUAUUUUUGGGCUUGGGCUUGUCCAAUGGAAAGGAAGGACUUUCACCACCACCCCCUCCCCCCCCCUCUCAGGACAUCAUCCAGCUGCACGUCAGCUGUCCCUCGGACAAGGAGGAGGAGAAGUCCUCCAAAGAGGAGGGCGAGAACGAGGAGAAGGAGAAGAGCAAGGAGAAGACCCCGCGGAAGAUGCUCUCUCGCGACUCCAGUCAGGAAUACACUGACUCCACUGGUAUCGACGUGCACGAGUUCUUGGUCAACACACUGAAAAACAACCCCAGGGAUCGAAUGAUGCUGCUCAAACUGGAACAGGAUAUCCUGGAGUUCAUCAACGAUGACAAUAACCAGUAUAAGAAGUUUCCUCAGAUGACCUCGUACCAUCGCAUGCUGCUGCACCGUGUGGCUGCCUACUUCGGCAUGGACCACAACGUGGACCAGACGGGCAAGGCCGUCAUCAUCAACAAGACUGGCAACACUCGCAUCCCGGAGCAGAGGUUCUCCGAGCACAUCAAGGACGAGCGGAACAUGGAUUUCCAGAAGAAGUUCAUCCUGAAGAGGGACGAUGCCAGCAUGGACAAGGAUGACAACCAGAUUCGCGUGCCACUGCAGGACGGGCGGCGCAGUAAGUCCAUCGAGGAGCGGGAGGAGGAGUACCAGCGGGUUCGAGACCGGAUCUUCGCCCGCGAGUCCUCUCAGAACGGCUACAUCAACGACAACAGACUUUCCACCGACGGCUACUCCUCUAGCUCCCAAAAGAGGAGACAGAUCUUUAGGGGGAACCGGGAGAGCUCCAGCCGGGCGUCGAGCAGUCGCCAGAGCAGCACGGACAGCGAGAUGAAGUGCCUGGAGCCGCGUCCCUGGAGCAGCACCGACUCGGACAGCUCCAACCGCACCCUGCGGCCGCCCGUCACCAAGGCCAGCAGCUUCUCGGGCAUCUCCAUCCUGACCCGCGGGGACAGCCUGGGCAGCAAGGGGUCCCAGGGGAGCUCCCGAGGCUCGCGCUCUGGUCUUCCUCUGUCCGUCCCAGACGUGUGCCCCCAGCCCCCUGCCCCGCUGCAGACAGGCCGGAGCCUGCUCCCCUGCCCCUCCGCCCCCCAGCAGCCUCAGGUGCAGCAGGCACAGCCCCCACCCCAGGCCGCCCUGCUGCCCACCCCCCCUCAGCACCCCAUGGGAAACCACAUGAUGAGCCAGCCCGUGGCUUCUCCGCAGCCUGUGUCCUACUCCAGCCCUUCCUGCCCCCAGGUCCUCCUGCCCGUCUCUCCUCCCCAGCAGUACAACAUGACGGAGGAGUUGGCCCCUCAGUUCGGCCAGAUGACCCUGAGCCGCCAGGGCUCCAGCGAGGCCCCGGAGCCCCCCUCCAUGUACCAGCCGCCCCCCACCGUGCUGCCCCAGCACCCGCCGCCCCAGACGGGGUACAUCAUGGCCCCCGGGGGCCAGCCGCUGCCUCCUCCCUCCGGCUACCAGCCCAGCUCGGGACACCCCCACCAGCACCCCCCGCCCCCUCCGCCGCCCCCCUCUCAGCCCGUCCUGCAGGCCCCGCCCCCUCCCCAGGGCUACAUGCAGCCGCCUCCUCCGCAGCAGGUAUGGGAGCGGAGCAUCAUGGGAGCUUUCGCUCUCAUCCGUCUGGGCGUCUGCCCUGUGGCAGCAGUUUGGUGUGGCAUAGCUCAGAGGUCGCCAGUUUGCAUGUUGCCAGCCAGCAGCAUUCGCCCCUGUCUCCAGUACCACCCUGCCCAGCCCCUCACCCAGCCUCUCACCCAGCCCACGCAGCCGUCUGGCCUUCAGACGAUGAUGCCCAAUCAGCAGCCAGCGUACCAGGGCAUGAUGGGAGUUCAGCAGCCGCAGAACCCGGGCCUCCUCAACUCCCCGCGGACAGGGAUGGGAGGGCAGAUGCAGAGCAUCAUGGUCCAGUACCCGCCCAUGCCCUCGUACCAGGUGCCGGUGGCCAGUGAUACUCAGCAGGUAGUCCAGCAGCAGUUCCAACAGCCCGUGAUGGUCCCGGCCAGCCAGUCUGUGCAGGGGGGCCUGGCUGGGGGGGGCAUGCCAGUGUACUACAGCGUCCUCACCCCCACCCAGCAGAACAGCACAAGCCCGUCAGUGGGAUACCUCCAGCCCCCCAGCUCUGAGCAGUACCAGAUGACCCAGUCCCCCUCCCCCUGCAACCCCCAGCAAAUGCAGCAGCAAUAUUCAGGUGUGGCGCCCCCUGGCCCUGGGGUGAUGGUAAUGCAGCUGAGCGUUCCCAAUGGGCCCCAGCCGACCCAGAACCCCACCAUGGUGCAGUGGAACCCCUGCAAAUACUACAGCCUGGAGCAGAGAGCCAGCAAGCCUGGGGAGCUGUACAAGCCUGACUCCAACCCUCAGGCCAGUAACCAGCUGGGCAGCCCCCUGGCCUCGCCCACGCAGUCCCCCACCCCCUCCCCCUCCGGCAGCCUCAACAGCAUCUGCCCCGGCCUGGGCCCCCUGCCCCUCAUCUCACAGUUCCCCCGGCCCGGCGGACCUGCACAAGGGGACGGGCGCUACUCUCUGCUGGGACAGCCCCUCCAAUACAGCCUCUGUCCUCCUCCCCUCAUGCACAGCCAGUCCUCCUACAGCUCCCACCAGAGCCAAGGAGGAAUGAAACCAGGGGCUCGGGGGAAGAGGCAGACGCUGAAGUCCGCUUCUACAGACCUGGGCACCACUGACAUGGUGGUGAGCCGAGUGCUGGAGGUGACAGACCUGCCGGAGGGGAUCUCGCGCCCGGAGGCCGAGAAGCUCUUCAACCAGCUCUCGCUGUGCGGCGCCAAGAUCCAGUGGCUGAAGGACAGCCAGGGCGGGCGGGGCUCGGCGGCCUGCGGGGGCGGGCGGGGGGGGCGGAGCGAGGCCUCCGACCCCGCCCACCUGUACACGGUGGUGGCCGUGUUCCCCAGCACCAUGGCCGCUCAGAGCGCUUCCUUCAAACUCAACAACAGCGGCGGCGGCCUCUUCAAACUGCGCGCCGCCAAAAAGAACUAUGACCUGCGAAUCCUGGAGAGAGCCAGCUCCCAGUGAGGGGGGAGGGGAGGGGAGGAGAGCCAG